UAAAAGAGACCAAUUGGUACAUGGCUCUCCAAACAACACAUGUUCUCUCCCUCUCCAAUUGGUCAUUGAUUCCAUUCACAACACACUGUCUCUCUGUCUCUUUCUCUCUCUCAUCUAUUUUUCCUUGUGUUCUCCAUCUCCAUUGUUCUUUGCCCUCCAACUAUUUCUCAUGACUACUCCUAUCUCUCCUACAAAGCUAAAUCAAGAUAACCAAAGUGAUCAUCAUCUCUUCAACCCAAGGACCACUUCAUUCCCAUGCACCAUCUUCUUCAAAACCUUACAAGAUCAAGCAGCAAGUGGUAGUGAUCAUACCAACCCUGAUCAUCAGCAUGAUCAUCACCAACAAAAGAAGAAAGAUGACCUACAAACACAUCAAAACAAUACAUGUGAUGAUCAGUGUUCAAGAGAUCAUGAAGAGGAUACAAAUAAAUCAACAAAGUGGAUGUCUUCAACGAUGAGAUUAAUGAGGAAAAUGACUAAUCAAGAGAGUAUCCGCAAUUCUCCCUCUGGUUGUAACACUUUCAUCAGAGUUUGCUCAGAUUGUAACACUACAAAGACUCCUUUGUGGAGAAGCGGUCCUCAAGGUCCUAAGUCCUUAUGCAAUGCAUGUGGAAUACGGCAGCGAAAGGCGAGAAGAGCAAUGGCAGCGGCGGCGGUGGCUGGAGACACCGGAAUUAUCCCGACCGACACUUUGAAGAAGGUGAAGAAACAAAAGGGAUCAAAUGUUGAUCAAAGUAUGCCAUUCAAGAAAAGGUGCAAAAUUUUAAGCUCUCAAGAGAAUGAUAAGAAGAAGCAUUGGUUUGAGUUGAGUAAGAGCUUAUCUUUGUAUUCAGUUCUCCCUCCAGAUGAAAGGGAUGCAGCUAUACUGUUAAUGGCUCUCUCUUAUGGCCUUAUUUGUGGUUGAUUUUGAGGUAUUUUUGGGUGUGAUUCAUGAGAUGUUGUGUUUGAGAAAUGUGUGAGAAGAAUAAGAUGAGAAAUUGAAGUCUUGUUUUAUCA